UAAGUGUAUUUUCUGGGAAAACCAUUGAUGUCAUACAAAGUUGUUGUUAAACCAAUCGACAGCUUAAAAACGAUUAGAUAAAGAUUAUUCAAGUUUCAGUUUUACUCAGAGUUGUUACGAGGAAUAUCUGUCUCGAAUAUGGGAGGAGAUGAAGAGGGCAGAACGAUAUUGGUGUCAGGAGUCCCAACUGAUUUCCGUUUGGAAGCCAUUCAGUCUUAUUUUGAGAACAAGAGGAGAUCAAGUGGAGGACCUAUUAAAGGAAUCCAAGGACGGAUCCAAGAUUCUGGGGAAGUUAUUAUCACAUUUGAAUCGGAAAAAGAUGCAGAAAAUGUUGUCAAAAAGAAGGUCCAUAAUGUAAGCAAACAUGAACUUCAAGUGGACUGGUAUAAAAAUCUAGUUUGGCAAGAAGAUGCAAUGAUUGUGUCAAAUGGCCCCAAAGACAUGUCGGACAAAAUGUUAAUUGAUUUUUUGGAAGAGAACGGGAAAUUAGAAAUUGUAUAUGUCUUCCCUGGAAGAAAACCUGGAACUUUUCUUGUCUAUUGCGAAAAUGAAAUUGAUUUUGAGGAUGUUCAGAGGAUGUGCCAAAACAACCCCUUAAAAGGAAAUCAACUGAAAGUGGAUAGAAUUAAGGAAAUAAACAGUGUUCAAGUGAAAAACGUUUCUUCAAAUGUCAGCUUUGACAGUCUUCGAAGAUAUUUUGGAAGUAGAAAAAAAAGUGUUGGUGGAGAUAUUUCUUCAGUUCAACAACAAACCUCUGAUACUUACAUAAUAAGUUUUAAAGAGGCGUGUGUUGUGCUGAACGUUUGUAGAAUGCCACAUCAAUUGGAAGGUGUGAAAUUAGAUGUUCAACCAUUCUGGAAACCACCUGAAGAAAAUAUCAUUUCGAAACAGCAAGUCCAUGACUAUUCACUACCUACCAAGUUCCAUCUGAAUUUUUUAAAGAAACAUAGAACUGAAGUUAAUGACCAAUUAAAGACUUUGGCUGAAGUUCUUUGGAAAGAUUCCAAGACUAAUACACUGAGAUUUAAAUAUUCUGAAGGAAAUUUUGAGGAAAUUGAACAGCGUUUGAAAGAUUUAUUAAAUUCCAUUACUGUUGAAACUAUUGAUGUUCCAGAUGAUAUGUUUGAAGACGUUGUUGGAACAUUUGACAGUCAAGAUGAGCAGAAGUAUUUUUAUUUUGAUUUCCGAUAUCAUAAAGCUCAUAUUCUCGGAUUCGAUAAAAGUGACGUGAUUAAAAGGAAAAAUAGACUUUUGGAUAAUCUUAGAACUGAACGUGAGGAUGAUUUAAAUAUUCAUGAAAGACGUAUUCUAUCUGGUCUCGGAUUUUUUGAGCAGGCAGGACAAUUUGAAGGUCUAAAAGUCACAGUUCAUAGUAACAAAGUUGUUUUUGAAGGCCAGUUUUCCGAAAUAGAUAUUUAUCAACAGAAAAUGUAUAAAAUUCUUAAGUCAAUUGUUAAAUCUGAAUUGUGUUUGCCUUUAAAUACUGGAAUGAUCAUAAAUAAAAAACCAGUGAAAGAAUAUCUUGAUGUAAAACUGAGAAGCAAGAAAUGUAUUGGUUCAUGGGAAACGGGUGAUGGUAAUUCAGUAAUACUUUAUGCAAGUGAUAAAACACAUCUUUCACUUUUGGAAGAAAUUAUGAAAGAAUUUUUUGUUGCCAAUACACUGGAUUUUGUAGACAAAAUUAAGGAUACUCCAAGUCAUGGAAAGUGGCUGACAUUUGUUGAAAGUCUAAAAGAAGAGUUUCCAGAUUCCCAUUUUAUUGGAGAAAAUUCUAUUGUUGCAGUUGAUGUUGUAGUUAAUGAUAUAAAAAGCAAAAUUGAUAACUUUGAGCAAUCUUUAACUUAUGAAUCUUAUACAUCGAGGCCUUCUGAACAUUACCCCUUUCAUAGAGAGUCCAAUGAACAAGAAUUCAAUGAUUUUAGUGAAGAAAACAAAGCCAGGAUGCGUUUCACUCGGAAAGAACACAAGAGCAAAUAGUCAAUGUUAGUAUAAGAACUGUGAAAUAGUGUU